AUGAUUUCAUCGGCAUUACCAUCUCCAUGGAUUCCUACAUUGCUCCUUCUGUUACUCUCUCUUCCAAUCUUUUUCUUCUUCGCGUCGCACAUCCUCCCUUCGCCACCGCCACCCAUUUCCCUCCCCGACGAACUCGACGAUCUCACCCUAUUCCGUCGAGCCGCCGCCCUCGAAUCCCACCCUAACCAUAAACCCAAAUCCCGACUCGGUUCUACCAACUCCAAACCCAAAAUCGCUUUCCUCUUUCUCACCAACUCCGACAUCCAAUUUGCCCCUUUAUGGGAAAAGUUCUUUAAUGGCAGUAAAUCAAAUCGGAAUCUUUACACCAUAUAUAUUCAUGCUGACCCGACUGUUAAAACCAAAUUCAAAUCCCCAGGUGGUGUUUUCUCUCAAGAUCGACUCAUUCCUGCUAAACAAACCCAUCGUGCUACAGCAACGCUCAUCUCCGCCGAGCGCCGCCUGCUCGCCAACGCACUUCUUGACGACCCUUCUAACGCAUUCUUCACAUUAAUCUCUCAACAUUGCAUACCUCUUCAUUCAUUUCAGUUCUUUUACAAUACCCUUUUCGAAGCUAGUUCACAUCAAGUAGCCGAAUUCAGACACCUCAAAUACAAAAGCUUUAUCGAAAUAAUUUCCAAAGAUCCUAAUCUUUGGGACAGGUAUAACGCCAGAGGCAAAAAGAUGAUGCUCCCUGAAGUACCAUUUGAUGAAUUCCGAGUGGGUUCACAGUUUUUUACACUUACACGGCGGCACGCUCUGAUGGUGAUUCAAGAACGACGUUUAUGGAAGAAAUUCAUGCGGCCAUGUUUAAGAUCUGUAGCUUGUUACCCUGAAGAACAUUACUUUCCCACAUUUUUAUCAAUGGAGGAUCCAGAAGGGUGUAGUGGCUAUACACUGACUAAUGUCAAUUGGACUGAUAGUGUUAAUGGACACCCGUAUACUUAUCAUCCAUCUGAAUUGUCGCCUGAGCUUAUUUACAAACUCCGGAGGUCAAAUUUUGUGCAACCUUACAUGUUUGCGCGGAAAUUUACGCCAGAUUGCUUGAAUCCAUUGAUGGAUAUGGCUGAUGAUGUCAUUUUCCGGGACUGA